CUCAGGAGCGCGCGGCACGCCGGUGGUGGAACGGGCAGUUGGUAAAAGAAAGUGUCGCUCCGCUGGUUUGAAUCCCUCAGGAGUCAGAAACCAUGGAAACCUGCAGGAAAGCAGUCUUGCUAUCGUCAUGGUUGUAAAACAGAUCUUCUAAAAGAAAGCCACCGUUGCGAGAUGUCACCCAUUGACCGGGCAGGACGGUAGAAGAAGGUAGAGACGUUUAGUUCACCUACAAUGACCGACCUGUCUUUAAGUAGUGCCUCGGCUUCGCGCUGAAACAGCCGCGUGCCUGUUGGUGAAGUACAGCGAGCGGAGGACGGAGGAGCUCGAUAGUUGACCGAGGAAACCGUUUCCCAACCAUCUUCUGCGCUUGAGCCGCCGGUGGAUGUUGGGCCAUGGAGGUAAAGAGGACGUUUCACACCGUGCUGGCACUGAUGUGGAUGCUUCUAGGUGACAGCCACAUAGUGGAGUUCCCCCGGCUGGAGAUGGAGGUGGUGAAGGGGAGGAUGGCGGUGCUGCAAGCCUGGUACAGCCCCACCGCCGACAUCGCCAAGAACUCCGUCGUCUGGCUCUUCAUGGGCAACGGGUCCAAGCAGGUGAUCAACUUCAGCUCGGGCGAGGUGGGCUACGGGGAGAACGAGUUCACGGGCCGCGUGGGCUUCAGCGCGGGCAUGCCCUCGGCAAACCUCUCCAUCUUCAUCAACAGCACCCAGGAGUCGGACUCCGGCCGCUACCUGUGCAGCGUCAUUGUCCCGGGACGGUCCGGCCUCUCGGGACAGAUGCACCUCAACGUCAAAGUGCCCCCCUCCCCCCCAGUGUGCUCCCUGGAAGGCGACCCGGUCCUCAACGGGAACGUGACCCUGGGCUGCCGGUCCAGCCAGGGCAAGCCGGAGCCCCAGUACAAGUGGACCAAGGCGGCCCCCACCUCAGAGAUCUUCUUCUCGCCCAUGCAGAAUGAGCGCCACGGCACCCUGCGGCUCAGCAACCUGACCAAGGGGAUGUCGGGGAAGUACGUGUGCCGGGCCAGCAACACGGCGGGCUCCGACAGCUGCUCCGUCAGCCUGGACGUCAUCAGCGCUUCUAACACGGGCGUGAUCGCCGUGGCAACCCUGGGAUCGGUCGUGGGAUUGGUGGCCUUGGUGCUCUUCCUCAUCUUCAUCCUCAGAAGGACGCGGGACACGGAGGAGGAGAUAGCCAAUGAGAUCAAGGAGGACGCCCAGGCGCCCAAGCGCGUCUCGUGGGCCAAGAGCAACACGGGCUCCGACGCGGCGUCCAAGAACGGAACGCUAUCCUCCAUCGCCACCACGCCGCGGCCCCGGGACCCCCACCCGCCCGCCUUCCACUACCCCUACACCCCGGUGCCCACCUCCGACAGCGGCUCCGUGGUCCACGCCUACACGCUGCGGCCGGGGGACGCCGGCCCCCUGCAGGGCCUCCCGGGGUACAACGGCACCCCGUCGGGCAAGCUGAAGAGGCCGCCGCCGCCGAGAGCCAACGGCGUGCCGCCGCACGCCCCCCGGAGCCCCGCCCCCCCCGGGCCUCCGCCCAACGACAGGACGGACAACGGGGCCCAGCCUCAGGUGCCCCACCCGGCCACGCCCACGCCCAAGACCGCCACCCUAACGCGCAAGGGCGGGAUCACCGUCACGGUGCCAGUGCAGAGCCAGGCGGGCUCGCUGGUGUAGACAGACAAAGGCA